AUGUCUUCAACCACGCCCGCAGCCCGGGCGCCGCUGUCCUUCGCGGACAGCUCUGAGCAGGUCGCACAGGCCCGCCUGAACCAGCUCGAGAAGGAGGUCAGCGACUCCCGCUCGCAGAUCGAUGCGCUCCGCAAGCAGGUGACGGACACCAGCGCGGAGCUCACGAAGGCGCGCGAGCAGAACUCCGAGCUGCAGAAGAAGCUCCUCAAGAACACGUCGUCGCGCAUCACGGGCAUCUUCUCGCGCACCAAGACCCGCGAGGAGGGCGCGUCCCCCAGCUCGGCGACGUCGGAGUCCGGCCGGCUGACGGAGAUCCUGCGCAUCAAGGAGGAGGAGCUCGAGAAUCUCCGAUCCGACGUGCGCCUGCGGGACCAGGAGCUGGACAUCGUCCGCACGCAGCUCCGGCAGCGCUCGGAUGCGCUCGGGCGCGCGGAGAUCGACGCCCGCACGCGCGGCGCCGAGGUCGCGCGCCUGUCGCGCGCCCUGGAGGUCCGGGAGCUGGAGCUCAAGCGCGUGCAGAGCAAGGGAGGGUACGAGGUGCCCGCGGAGGUGGCGGAGCUGCAGGGGCGGCUGCGGGCGCUGGAGGCGGAGUUCGCGGCGGCGAAGACGGCGCUGGCGGAGCGCGACGCGGCGCUGGCGGCGGCGCAGGAGGAGGGCGAGCUGGCGCGGGCGGAGCUGGCGCGCAAGGGCGAUGCCGGCGGGGCGCGCGCGGCGGAGGUCGCGGCGCUGCGGGCGGAGCUGGAGCGGCUGACGAGCUCGAGCCAGGCGCGCGAGGGGAGCGCGGCGGAGGUGACGAUCAUGAUGAGCCGCGCCGUGAAGGAGGCGGCCGAGGCGCGCACGCGGGCGGCCGCGGCGCGCUCGGAGCGCGACGUCGCCGUGCGGGACCUCGGCAAGGUCCGCGCGGAGCUCGAGGCGCUCAAGAAGUCGCACGACGAGAACAAGCGGCGCAUGAACACGCUCCUCGCGGACGCCGGGGCGCUCAAGGCGCGCGAGCGCGAGGCGCGGGCGCGCGCGGACGACCUGGACGCCACGCUGACGCGGCUGCGCGACUCGGCCGCGAAGGGCACGGACAUGGCCGGCGCGCUGCGCAAGCAGGUCGUCGAGCUCACGUCGCAGCUGCAGUCCCGCGACGCCGAGGUCAAGUCGCUGCGCAUGGCCAUGGCGGAGGCCGGCGGCGCCGUGGACGACCUCCAGCGCGCGCGCGACGCCAUCGACGAGCGCGCGUCGCGCGUGACGUACCUGGAGCGGUGCCUCGCGCAGGCCCAGGACGACGCAGCGCGCGCCAUGGACGAGGCCAAGCGCCUGCGCGGCAUCGAGCGGGCGGCGCGCGAGCGGCAGGAGCACGUCGAGGAGCUCACGGGGAAGCUGGCGGAGGCGCGCCGGCGGCACCAGGCGGAGGUCGCGGAGCUGCGCACGGCGCUGCGGGCGCGCGCGGCGGAGGUGCAGUCCGCGGAGGCCGACCGCGAGGCGCUGCGCAAGCGCGUGCAGGAGUCGGAGGACGCACUGGACGAGGCGGCGUCGCGGCAGAAGGCGAUGGCGCAGGACGUGAAGGCGGCGGAGCGCGCGGCGGAGGCGUGGCAGGGGCGCUGCGAGGCGCUGCGCGGGGAGACGGAGGGGGCGCGCGCCGAGGCCGAGGCGGCGCGGGUGCGCGCGCAGGAGGUGGUGGUGCUCCUCGACGAGCGCACGCGCGAGCACGAGUCCGCGCGGGCCGAGCUCGCGCGCCUGCAGGCCGACAUCGAGAGCGGCGCGCUGCGGUAUGACAGCGCGGUGGCCGACCGGGAGACGCUGGAGCAGGAGCUGUCCAAGCUGCGGGCGCGCGUGGCGCAGCUGGAGGCCGAGGUGGACGCGAAGGACGACCGCAUCGCGUCGCUCGACGCGGAGCUCAAGGAGCUGUCGGACGCCGGCGCGCUGUCGUCGCAGCACGUGCGCGACAUGUCGGCGCAGCUGGCGGCGGCGGAGAAGGCGCUGGCGGCGCGCGAGGGCGAGCUCGAGGGCGCGCGCGCGGACCUCGAGACGGCGAUGCGCGAGGGCGCGGCGUCGCAGCAGCGCGCGCACGAGGCCGACGCGCGCCUCGCCAGCCUGCGCGAGGAGAUGGCGCGCAUGAAGCAGCACGACCGCGACCUGCACAACGAGUACUUCGACCUGCAGCGGCGCCUCGCGGACGCGCAGGACCGCGAGGACGCGCUCAGCGCGCAGCUGGCGUGCAUGGAGGCCGACCUGAGCAAGGGGCGCGUGGCGCUGCAGGAGGCGGAGCUCAAGAUGGAGGCGGCGCGCAUGGAGGCCGAGGACGCGAAGGCGGAGGCCGGCGCGGGGCGGGCCGCGACGGACGUGGAGGCGCGCGCGCGGAAGGCCGCGGAGGAGGCGGCGGCGGCGCACGAGGAGGCGGCGUCGCGGCUGGAGACGCAGGUGGCCACCUUGACGAGCUCGCUCGAGUCGCUCAACGCGAAGCUGAGCGACACGCUCGGCUCGAACGCGACGCUCGAGGCGCGCGUCGCGGAGCUCGAGGACGUCUCGCGGCGCCUGGCGGAGGCCGAGGCGCGGCUGCGGGAGAGCCAGGCGGACGCCAAGGACCGGGAGGUGCGCCUGUCGGUGGUGACGGCGGAGAAGACGGCGCUGGCGCAGCAGCUGGAGAGCACGGACGCGCGGCUGGCGGGGGCGCGGCGGGCGGCGGACGCGGCGGAGGAGCGGGCCAAGGGGCUGGCGGCGGACCUGGAGGAGGCGCAGCGCGGCGGGCGGGAGCGCGGCGCGGAGAUGGCGCGGCUGGAGGCGGCGCUCCAGGCGCGCGACGAGGAGUACGAGCGCGCGCUGGCGGAGAUGCAGGCGCUGCGGUCGGGGCGCAACGGCGAGGAGCAGGGGUCGCUGGCCAUGCGCGAGCACCUGCGGCUGGAGCUCAAGGAGAAGGACGCGGAGCUCGCGGAGCUGCGCGCGCUCGUCGAGACGCGCGACGGGGAGAUGCGCGCGCUGCAGGGCCUGGUGGAGGCGCUGCAGGAGGAGCUGCAGCAGAGCGCGCAGCAGAUCGACGACACGUGCGAGGAGCUGCAGCGGCGCGACGACGAGAUCGCGCGCCUCCGCGACGUCGCGGACGAGGCCAUGGCCGAGGCCGAGUGCAUGCGCCGCCGCGCCGAGGAGAGCACCGUCCCCCGGAGCCCCCGCGUCAUCCUUGACACCCCCAAGGGACUGGCGCAGACCCCCGGGAUCCGCACGCGCGCGUGGGACGCCAUGCAGUCCGCGGCCCUGGCGCGCGCCGCCCGCGUGCACGUCGGGUCGUGCGUGGUCUUCAUGGGCGCCGCGCUCGAGCUCCAGCAGCGCAUCGCGUCGGCGGACGGCGCGCGCAUCCGCGCCGUGGAGGCCCGCGCGCACGCCGAGCGCACGCUCGACCUCCUGCGGCAGGAGAUCGCCGAGUGCGAGGGCGCGCUGCAGUACCACGAGGACCAGCAGGCGCGCGCGGCGGGCGAGCAGGGGCAGCCGCGCCUGGACGCGAAGCUGAAGCUCGGGCCGCGCGUGGUGGCGCUGGUGGACGACUGCAUCCGCCUGCGCGGCCGCCUGGUCGAGCUGGACGAGCAGCGCGCGGAGGCGGCGCGGGAGCUGCAGCGCGCGGCGGCGCGGGGCGCGCAGAUGGAGCAGGCGCUGCGGCAGGCUGGCGCGGAGGCGCCCCCCGGGGCGUCGAACGUGACGGGGCGGCAGCUGGUGCAGGAGCUGCUGACGCCCGCGGCGAUGGACCAGGACUACGGGAACGUGUCGCCCUACGUGGCGGGCGGGGCUGGCGGGUCGCGGUCCGCGGCGCAGGACGACGCGCUGGUGGGCGUGGGCAGCCCCUACAAGGAGAACCUGGGCCCCGCCGCGCAGCUGCCCCUGAGCGCGCGCAUGGCCGUGCCCUCGGCGCACCGCCACCGCAAGCAGCAGAAGAGCGGCCGCUGGCUCGCGCGCCUCGCCGCGCCGCUCGCCGCCGUUGCGCUGGGCGGUGCCGGCGUGGCCAUUGGCGCCAACACGCGCUCCGGGAGCUCCAACGCCGAGAGGGCGGACGACCGGCAGCGCCGGGUGAACAUGCAGAACCUGCCGACGGCGGUGGACCUGCGGCGCGAGAGCUACAGCGUCAAGGGGAGCAAGCAGUCGCCCAUGUUCGGAUGA